AUGAAUCGUCGGCAAUCAUUGGACAAGCCAGGUGAGCAGCAAGGUAUUUUGUCUCCUCCGGGUCCAUUUCUAACACCGAGCCCAUCGCCGUCGAUUCCUGCGAGCCCUCGGCUGCAACCGUCACCGUCACAGUCACCAUUCUCGCAACAGGACAUUCUGUUGGUGACUAACAGCACCAUCGGUAAUGUGACUCAGGAGCAAGAUCGCAAGACGGGUAUAGUGGGACGACGCCAGUCAUUCAGCCAACAGCAGUCCGGCGCCGCCCUCCAGCAACAGCAUCAAGUGUUGAGCAACAGCGCCAGCCCCAAUGCCGGAACCGUGGUGUACCGUCCAAGUCCGACGCAGUCCCCAGCCGGUGCCACGACGUUCAGCAUCUCGACCACGCCUGGCAAUGAGUUCAACACGACACUAGUCGGUUCGAAUAACAUUUCGCUCAAUAAGAAGGGCCGCAAAUCGUCCACGGUCAGUGGGAUCCAGCAGCAACAGAACCACCUUCACCAUCAGUCACAUGCAGGCCAUGGACAUGGAACAUUGCCCGCCGCCAGUAGCCCGAAAGCGGCGAAAAAAGGAAUGCAACAGUCGGCGCACCACCAUCACCACCAUCAGCACCACCACACGUCGUUCGUUGGCAGUCCCAUUGCAAGCCCGAGUCCGAUCGCGAGCCCGAACGGUCCGAUACUGGUCGCGGCCGGCACUACCGUUGGCGGCGGCAACGGUAUCGGCGGUGGUGGCGCCGGCGGCCCCAGCAUCAUCGUGGGAAGUGCGAGCAAUCCCGGUGCUAACAAUCCCGGUGCUCCGGCCCAACUGAGGCCACCGACACCGCAGCCUAUCAUACAGCAGUAUCCUGUCAUGAGCACCGGAAACCAGAUAGUGCAAAUAUUUCAAGGUUCUCAGUUCAUUACACAAUCGCAACCGGCGACCACCGUACAGCAGCUUGCAGUACAGCAGCAACAACAACAGCACCAGCACCAGCAACAGCAACAACAUCGACAGACGGCAACGAUCGUGUCGCAGGCAAAUGCUCAACAACAACAGCACCAAGCUCAGCAACAGCAUAUCCCGCUGCAACAGCUGCAAACGCUUCAGCAGCACCACCAACCUCACUCGCAGCAACAGUUUGUGCAGCACCAAAUCAUCACGGCCGUCCCCUCGGUCGCCCAAAGUGUUUUACCAUCGUCGACGGCGACCGUCACUUCCAGCGGAUUGGUGAUCAGUUCCGCCGGCGUUCCAUCGAAUGCUCUCCAAACGUCACCCGGUGGCACACCGACGGGCGCUCCUGGCGGUGGUCUCAAGCUUCACGGCAAGGGUCCCCAACAGAUCCUGCCCAAACCGCUCACAUCGUCCGUUUCCCCGACGACGUUUCACGCGGCUCCCCAGCAAGUGUUUGUGUCGAGCUACAGCACCGCCCCGGUUCACUCGCUGGGCGGCGCUGGUAUCGUGACGAAAGCGAUCGUCUCGCAACCCAAAACCGUCACAUCCGUCUCCCUCCCGACGGUCGUAUCGCAGAUCGCCGGCCAGCAGAUAUCUCAAGGACCGGGAGCAACUUUCACGACCACCGCACAACCACAGCAGCCCGGAACGCCCGGUGGACCGGCGACGGGCCAGAUGGUGACCACAGGGACACCGCCAUCCACGCCGGGUGGAACGGCGCAGGCGACGGCCGCGGCGGCUCAAAAUGGUUCCAUCAUCCUGCCAACGGGUAACCUAAACGCACAACCGCUGCUCCUCAACCAGAUGCCGGUGCUGGUGCAACAAAACACCCCGCAGGGGGUCCAACUAAUCCUGCGUCCUCCCACGCCCCAACUGGCCACUCCGAGCCUGGUGAUUCAUAACACACGGCCCCAGCAGCUGCAGCAGCCGCAACCGCAGCAAGUGCUCCGGAUACUGAACACGAACGGCACGAUGCAGCUGGCCACUGCGCCGACGUUCAUCGUGUCGUCACAGGGUAAUCUGGUGCCACAGAACUUGUCCGGACUGAAGACGAACGGCGGCGUGACGGGACUGACGGCGGCGCAGCUGCAGCAGCUACAGAGUCAACCCCGUCAGGCGCAACAACUGACGGCCAUCAACCAGCACCUGCUGAGUCAGGGUGUGGCGCAACUGCACGGUAACCUGCAGCUGAACGGCAACCUCGCCCAGAUCCAGAUGUCCAACGGGCUGAACGGACAGCUGUUGACAACGGCCUCCCUGCCGGCACAGUUCCAACAGGCGCAGGUCGGUGGGUUCAGUUUGCCGAAUCAAAACAUCAACCUGAACCAGCUGGGCGGCGUUAACCUGCAGUUGGCCACGGGCCCGGGUGGUACCACCUUUGUCUCGUCAUCACCGAGCAACGCCGGUGCCGCAAGUGGACAGAAUUCCAGCACAACCGGUGAUUUAGUCGUAAGCGGACAAAGCAUUCAAUUCACCGGCUCCGGCCCGGGGAACGCCAUCACCGUGAAUGCCCAGGGUCAGCCGCAACAGCAGCAAACGGCGGCGGGUCAGCAAAUAUUGACCGGGCCCACCACGCUCGAUGGACACUCGAUGCAGACGGCACAGCUGAUACCGACGGCCGAUGGACUGAGGGGCACCUCGAUCCUCACUACCGCUUCCGGUCAGCAGGUGAUCAUGACGGAUAGCGGAACAAAGAGUCAACAGCAGCAGCACCAGCCGUUACCGCAAGCGCCCCAUCUAUACAAUCCUGUCUCAUCCAACACCCUCCAGCAGCAGCCCACGGUGUCUCCCGUAUCCGUUCAACAACCGUCCCUGGGGGUCACGCGAAUCGAGGUGGAGAAACCGAAAAAGGAACGGCGCCAGAAAAAGAAGCUAAAACCGGUCCAACAGCCCCCGGUCGCGACAGCGGCACCGAUGAUCGUGCAACAAACGGUGCCCAUCAGCAGCCAGGCCGCGAUCGUCACCACAACGUCCGGUUCCGGGGACCAGCGUCUUGCUUCACCAGUCUCACCACCACGAUCGUCCACUUCACCGUACGCUAACACGCACACCUCGACGGGAAAGCUGGAUCUGGCGAAUCUGAUGAAGAUCUCCGGUAUCGGCAUCGAGGAUGACGAUUUUAUGGACACCGACGAACCACCGCCGUUGGUGACACCGGCUCCUCCUACCAGCGCCAUGCCCGGUGGCGGCGAAUAUCCUGCCACAAACAUUGUGAUACAACAUGCCAGCGAUACGACCAGUGCUACUACGAACACCGGGAAGGAUCUGAUGUCUCCGCCGCCAGCACCAUCCCUACCGCCACCGGCACCGGCGCAGAUCCACGCCGGGCCACAAUCGCAAAACAAUUCCGACAUUAUGAUCACAAUUCCGAGCGGAAUCGGAAGUGCAGGUGCUGGUGCAACGGGGAACCUGGAAUUCCCUUACACGAUCUCCAUCCCCGGCCUGGAGGGAACGCUGAAUGCAACGCGAGCACAGAAACCGUCUUCUUCUUCUUCUUUGGCGGCCAACAGUUCCACCUCCGAGCAGCCUUCGUUCAUGAUCACGAUCGAUCCUUCGAACGAUCCCAGCUCGGGCCAAGCGUCGUACACCGUGUCGCUGCCGCGUUUUGGUGCGGCCUCGAGCGAGGAGUCGAAGAUCGUCAACGUGGCCACCGUCGCUCCGACUGCUAGCGUGCAAACGUCCAGUGCCUCCGCCGCCUCAUCGCAAAACAAUACGAUCUGCGUGAACAGCCUGAUGAACAAUGUGCUCAACAACACGCAGGUCACGCCGACGCUGCAGAGUCAAAUCAACGAGAUCCAAAACCAGUUGAUUGCCGAAACACAGCCCCAUCUUGUCGGUGGCACGGUGACGACAGCGACUCACCAAGCAGUAACCGGCGGCUCCGUGCAGACGGCUUCGCUAACGGCAACGACACCGCCGGCCUCUAUUGUGAUCUCACCGAGCAGCGGGAAUAAGCUGGCGGUCGUCUCCUCGAAGAAGAAGUCGACGGCAGCGGGCGGCGGAACAGGGGUGGCGGGUGCUAACGGUGGAAAGAAAAAUGGCAAAAAGUUGGAGAAAACGUUUGAUACGAUCGCCACGACCGGCGCCGUUCCGACGCAGAUUGGCAAUAUACAAAUAUCGCAGAUCGAUGCCACCGCAAGCAGCAAACCGACCAAGGCUGGAACCAUCAACAACCAAAUACAGAUCACGCCUAUCAUCGACAGUAAAGUGGUGGCAUCGCAAGGCAAUGUCGGCAACGCCAAUCCUCAGCUCAUCAGCAGCACAGUAGGUGGCCAGUACACGCAAUCGGCCCCUCCGCUGCAGCCAACGAUCACAAUUCAGAGCAGCCCAUUGCAACCCGCACAGCCGCAGCACAAAAACACUAUGUUGGCCACUAUGAGCGGCAAUGGUGGUGGAAACCAUCUUCAGCAACAAUCCAUUCCAACAUCUUCGGUCCAAUCGUCCUCAACGAUGGGCGGUAGUGUCGUCUUCACGACCCAGCAACAGCCAACGGUAGUCGCGCCUUCGACGCCAACCGUGCAACUUAAUCAGCCUUCCAUCACGGCAACACCGACCGGGGCCACCCUGGUGGCGGCGCCCCAACCUCCCCAGGUGCAGGCCACAUCAGCCCAGGGCAUUCUUUCACAGCUAACGGGAGCCCUGAGCCUGUCGCUGGCCGAGAAUGGCCAUCUCAUACUGAAGCACGAUGUCAAUCAGCCACAAACGACGGAGUCGCAAAUGAUCCUGCAGGCGAUACUGUCCGGUGCGCUCGGAAACAUUACGCUCGUGAAUGAACCUUCCAAACCUCCGGUCAGCGCUAAUGCGGCCACAAUCGCUCCGAUCCAACCGGUCCAGCAACAGCAACACGCUUCGGUUGUUCAGCAACAACCAUCGGUAGCAACGCAGCAAAGUGGACAUCAGAUUGUACUAACGGCGCCAGUCGCACCUUCAUCCCACGGCAAAACAGUGGCCACCGUGAGUGGACAGCAGCAGAAAGCACCAUCAACGACCGUUCAAACCACGCAGCAACAACAGUUGCAGCAGCAGCAGACACAACUGCACCAGCAACAGUUGCAACAUCAGCAGCAACUUCAGCUACAACAACAGCAGCAGCAACAACAGCAACAGCAGCAACAUCAACAGCAGCAGCAACACUUGCAACAACUUCAUCAACAGCAACAGCUACAGCAACAACAACAGCUGCAGCAACAGCAACAGUUUAUACAGCAACAAAAUAAUGCUACAAUGCUGCCUGUCUACACGUCGCAGUCUGCAACAGCUGGGCAACAGACGAUGGUGCAGUCAUCGGUGGGUGCCAAUAGUCAACCGAAUGUGGUCCAAUCGCAUCAACACCAUCCAGCGCAGCAUCAACCGAUGGCACAGGCACUGAAAGAGGUACGCAAAACUGAAACGAUACUCGAACCGUCGCUCGUAAGUCAACGGCAAAUUACACAACCUCCACCGUCUCAUUCACUUCAGCAAUCGGCGCAGCAACAACCCGUACCAACGACCGUGGUGGUGAACCCGAACACACCGAAGCUCGUGGAACUGCCGAAAGUUGGGCCGAACCAGCAGCUGUUUUCGAUGAACACGCUCACGAAUCAAAUAACGCAGCUUAGCCCUGGCCAAACCACGGCAGCCCUGGGCCCAAUGGAGCGCGUACUUAUCGUUCCGACCGGCAUCAACGCUCAGCAGUUGGCCCAGUGUUUGAUGCAAGGACAGAUCCACUUCAACAACAUCGGCCAGGUGACACAGUCCAGCGAACCCAGACCAACGCCGACGCUGUCCCAAUCGCAACCACCAGCACUGUUGUCAUCAACGGCGGCCACGAAAGGAGCUUCCGCGACGAUGCAACACCAAGCGCAGUCCGUCAAGAGCCAGCAGCAGCUUAUUACCGGCAACCACACCGGUGGAGCGAUGGUCGGCCCGAAAGUGAUGGUUCACAACAGCGUUAGCAUUACGGCGACCCAGAAUAGCACGACGGCGGCAUCGGUUGUGAAAGAAAAACCGAAGAGGAAUCGCUCCAAAAAGCAGGACAAAGUCCUACCGACGUCUGCAGUGGCCGCUCCGAAGGCCGCCGUCGUGAAGGUGAACUCGGUUUCAAGUGGCCUGCCACCGAGCGUUGUGCUGCAGCCGGGUCAACACGCGCAACCAAUCCUGGCGGAGGAUGGCACGAAAAUUGGGACAAAAAUUGUGGGCACCGUGAACCCGAACAACUUCGUCACGAACCAUCAGCAACAUUCGACUCAGCAUCAUCUGCCCGCAAUAAACUCGACCCCCUCACAGCCUCUCGUUGCCCAGGUGCAUCCUCAGCAGCAUCAGAUCAACAAAAAACCUGUCCCAACUCCCACGAUCACGAAAGGAUCAACAACGGUGACGGCAAUCAGUGGAACUCCAGGUGGCGGCGGCGGCAUAGGAGGUAUCAUGAACAACGUGAGUGCCUCAGGGACGCUGAAGAAGGUUCGCACCAAUACGCACCUGCAACACAGCCAUCAGACGUCGAUAUCUCCACAGCAGCAGCAGCAGCAACAACAGCAGCCGAUGCCGCCACUGGUGAGCGUUAAUUCAGCCAUCCCGGGCACACCGUCGACCGUGACCGGAACGCCUACCGUAGUGCCGCGUGUUCAAACCAUUCAACUGACACCGCAGAAGCAGCAACAUCUGAAGAACGUUCAGCAGCAGAUUCAGCAGCUGUCGACAAAGUUGCAGAACAAAAAUUUGCUCUCGUCCCUCAUGAUACCGGCCGAGUUCGAUCCGUCGAACCCGAUCCACAGUAAGCCACUUCCGACGAUCAAAAACAUCCAGACGAUGACGGACAGUGAAAUCUACCAGGCGCUCCACCGACUGUUUAUGGAGCAGCAGAAGAUUCUGUCGAGCGGAAAGAUCAUCCCCACGUUGCCGGCUAGUCACGCGUUUGCCUCCUCGCAGCCUCCACCACCGCCAACACCGAUCGUGGAGCUAAAGCAGCCGCAACAGGCCAUCAUAUCGCCCAUCACGGUGACACCGACCAAUGCUCCUCACACACCGACGGCAGUGGGAAAGCAGCAUCACGAGCUGCUAUUACCGAUCUCAUCGUCCGCUGCUCAGCAUUCCUCGAUGUCGAUCACGAUCACGACCAGCACCGUGCCGAUCCAGGCCGUGGGCGGGAGUAAGAUCGCCGGAGGUGCCGUGCACGCUGCUACUAAACAAACGACGACGAUCAUUCCGAUCACCUCGAGCAAUCUGCAACCGCCACCACCACCUGUUUCCAUCCAUCAGCAGCUGCAGACGGGAAAACCACCUCUCGCUACGCUCAGCAGCAACCCCGUCAUUAGCAACAACACCAACAUACCUAACCUGAAGCUUCAUUCCACGGCCGGUAACACGAUCGUUCAGCAGCAGCAGCAUCAACACCAUCUGGUUGUGAAUAGUAAAAGCAUUGCACUUCCGUCUGCUGGAGCUACUUCCGUAGCCGCAGGUCAACCGCAACCGACCACAAAUGUUGUUAUGCCACCAUUGCACACGCUAGUUCCGCAAACCCCAGCUUCCCAGACGAUGAUGAGCGUCAAUAAACUGGACCCUAGCGGCCCGGGAUCCGCUGCGCUAGUGAACCAUCCGCAGCUCGUACAUCAGCUUCCUUCGACGCCUCCGCCAGCUGCCCCAUCGCUCCUUUCGGCACACAAUCGCUCAAACACACCCGUUCCACCGCCGCUCGUAGCUACGGCACUGCCUGCGGGAAGUCAGCUGAAGACGCUUACCGGCGCCUCCACGGGCGCUGGUACAGCGGGUUCGUCGAUCGUGAUCGUUGGAGGAUCGCAUGCCAUUCUCAGCGGUUCCACGCAAAUGUUGGCGCAAACAGCGGUGAGAUUGCAGCAGCAACAGCAACAACAGCAAAAUAUUGGUGGCCUCGUGCUGUCCUCGCCAGCGGUCACCGCGUCGUGUCCUUUACCGGCGACCAAUGCUUCGAUCACCAUCACCACUACAGCCUCGUCCUCUUCGUCUGUGAUACCGCCGCCACCGCUUGUAACGGCCACCAACAACUACGCCAACAGCAACAGUCAUCCUGCGCCGCCAGCUCCAUCUUUGGUGCCGACUGUUGUUGUUACCGCAGGAGUUGUUGCUCCAGCAACGCCCGUCGCAACCGCAACGACGACAACGCCGGUUGCGGCGACGCUCCCAACAACGACAACCACCGCCAAUGCUCUCUCAUCGGCGGUCGUAGCCGCUUCCGCGCUCAGCAACUCCUCCAACGGACCACCGGCGGUAAUUAUUGCAGCACCGGCGGGAACGUCGCCGUCCACACCGAUGACCUACAUCACGACCAACGUUCCGAACAGUCCCGCCGUCAAAGUACCGCGUGCAAGUUUAUUCGAGAUACAGAUACAGAAGGAUCAGGAUGCUUGCACCAAGCCGGAUACCAACACACCGUUCGGCAGCAAGCAGGAUGCGAUCAAGCGGCUUAUCCGAUACCAUUGCAUGUACGAGGAGAAGUGCGAGGAAAAUGAAGAGGAAGAGCUGCAGUUCGAGACGACGGCCGAAUGGUUUCCGGAAGCCUAUCGCACCAUGAUGAACCGCUACCGACGGUUGAUGAUCAACGAAUCGAUGCGCGAAGUGCGUACAUCGGAACUGAUGUUGGUGAACAAACUGUUCAAGGCUGACAUUACGCAGGAGAUUGAAGAGAUUCAGGACCAGCUGCGGGACUCCGACGAACCGGCAACCAGCGCGGACGAUGUGAUAUUUGUUUCAUCGUCUGACGAAGAGAAACCGAAACGGGAUGCCGAAAGUCCGUCGCCGCUCAUGCCGCUCACGUUGCAGGAUGUGUCCGAUGAUGGUGGUGAAGGAAUUGGGAACAAGGAACUGCCCACGACGGUUGUUACCGGUCAUUUCACCCAUUCGGCGGGAAGCUCAGUGAUCACAAGCUUGGAAUCAUCUCGGAAGAUCAAGACAAAAGAAGAAACGGUAGUAUCGGUAGUUAAAGGCCAAUCGAUGACGCAGAUGUUCGGUAGCCAGUCUGCGAUCACCGGGAGCGAACUGUUCCAAAGCGCUUAUCAGCACUCGGCCAACAACUGCUCUCCGAUGCUUCAGUCCGUGCAAUCGAACAUCGUUAAAACGCAAGCAGUGGCGAUGCUGCGUGGCAUGGCAUCGUGUGAAAGGAAAGACCCUCCUCCCAUACUGGACAGCUUCGAUGAUAUCGAAAGUGAAAUCAAACCGAGCUUCAUAAUGAAAAAAUGUGACCCCGCCAGUGGUGAGGGAGAACUUGCCGACGAAAGAAAAGGUGACACAACAGUAGUGGGUUCAUAUCACCACGAGCAGGUCGUUCUCUCCGCUACACCACCAACGUUGCGUUAUUUCAAUCAAAUGCAAUCCAAUUCCGCACCCAAAGAGCCCCACGGCAUGAUGAUCGUUUCUAAGGAAACGAAACAUCACCAGAUGGGUGGAAGUUUGCCAUCGGCGUCGUCGGCUGCCGUCGUUCCUCCACUCACGUCGGUCGCGACAACGCACGCCUCAGCCGGGCUGCGGCCAAGCACUGUGGAGCACCAUGAUGCAUCGGCGUACGACGACUGGAUGUGCUUCCCGAAAGAUCUCAAUUACUUCACCACACCGGACGGUGAGGGAAGCCGGCUGGGCGGAGAAACUGGGUCUCUGUCGUCCACUGGCAGAAAGAAAACGCCCGAAGAAGAGAUACACGAAAUGUUCAAUUCGACCGACUCAAAGCUGGACCAACUGUUCAGCAGCAGCAGCGUGGACGAUAAGCAACAAUCGGCUGGUUCCUCACGCCUAGACUCACCAUUGGCCGAUUUCUUCGGCGUACACCACCAACAGCAACAGUCAAUGCAGAGGCAGUUGACGACGGACGGAUCAGGCGGUGGUGCUCUGUUCAACUGUGGACCAUCGUUGAACCGGACCGGUGAUAGCUCUUCCGAGAGCGGUGGUGGUCCGAUUGGAAAAGCGGACGAAAUGAUGGACCGCCACUGGACUUCAUCCGUGUUUCGCCCAGCAGAAGAUACGUCUACUACGCCGCUCGUCGAUGGUGCUAACUUUCUGCAUAAAACGACCAACAGUUUCGACCUAUUACACCACCAACAGCCAGCCAGCACCGGUAGCAGUGCGAAUGUGACCCACAAACGCCAUUGGUCAGCGACGACCAGCAGCAGCAGCAGCAGCACGACGUCUAGUUUGCAGUUUGUGUUGCACCCGGACCAUGACGGGCUUACGGGAGAAAAUCAGACCAAACGACCGUGUCUUUCCGGCAGCCGUACUGCUGAAGAGCAGCAGCUCCAUAGCAACGCCGGCGGAGUAACUGUGCCCGGCGAUGGUGACAAGCACGUCGAUCAUCGGUGGUUGAUGGAGUGUUCGGGAAGUAACGAUAGUAACUCGGAAAUUAAUAUAGUGCCCCCGAACCGCCACCAUCAUGCGACCGUCGGCGGCUCGAACAGUUCCUCCACGCCGACGACGACGGCGGCGACGUCAGGCUUGGAUCCGGUCUCGGAUGAUGCGGCUGGCCGGGCACCAGUCAUCAACAUACAUCACGGCGGCAUGCUCAAAGAUGGCGACGGAAUGGCCGAAACAUUCCACGAUCACCGUCAGCAACAAGAGCAGCAGCAGCAGCAUCACCACCAGCAAACGCUGCACGAUCUGCAUCAUCUGAACCAUCAGCUGGCGUUCGAUGCGCUGGGUGGAGCCAACUUCGAUGAGGACAUCAACCGCCAGGUGCAGAACGCAAUCGACAGCAUACUGAACCUGCAGAGCAACGAAACGGAUGCCGCCGCCCUGCAGUACUCGCUCGAUCACUCGUUUCUGCCCGACAGUCCGCUCAACAGUCUAACGUCCAACAGUUCCAUGGCCAGCGGUUGCCCACCCACGCCCGGGAUGGUUGGAAACAUUCACACACUGCCGGAGGAGCUGCAGGGUCAUCAGCACGUGAUGCAAAAUCAACACCACCGCCAGCUGUCGUCGAUAGCGGCCGUCCAGCAGGUAGGUCUCGGGAAGCGCAAGUAUCCGAACGAUUGCCCCUCGCCGAUGAUCGGUAUUUCGCCGGACGAUGGUAGUCCGAUGGGUCCCGGCAGUAGUGGAAGCAGCAACAGCAGCAACAGCACCAUCAGUAGCUUGAGCAGUGUUAACAGUGCCAGCGUUAGCAUCAGCAUCAGUAGCAACAGUGGAACGAGUCUUCUCGGCAACGCAAUGGUGAACCAUCACUUUGGCGCACCGGACGUGGAUCCGAUGAAGGCGAUCAUCAAAUCAUGA